UCUUGCCGUACCAGUCACGUGACGGUCAACUAUGGCUUCCCUCUCGUAGUGAUGGAGGCGUAUUGUUGACAACAAAGCAAAACUGUAACUUUAUUCAUUUAUUUGUCCACUGACACAAGUUGGAUUUACGAUGCAGAAGAUCAAGUCUCUUAUGGCCCGGCAGGGCCUGAGAAGCCCCCAAGAAAGCAUGGCAGACCUCAGUCCUGUGGAGAACCUGAGGAUCCCGAGCAAGGAGGAGUUGCGGGAGCUGAGGGAGCAGCCCAUUGACCCCCAGGCUGAGCAGGAGAUCAUUGAGAGUAUCGAGGAGGUCUAUUUCUCUAACGACUCCUUCGACAUGGUGCAGCACGAACUGGAGAAACUCCCACCUGACCUGAACCUGAAGGAGCUGGAAGAGUACAGAGACAAGCUGAAGAGACAACAGGCAGCAGUUUCUAAAAAGGUUGCCGAUCUCAUUCUGGAGAAACAGCCUGCUUAUGUCAAGGAACUGGAGCGUGUGACGGCAUUACAGACUAACCUUCAGCUGGCAGCAGUCAUUUGCACUAAUGCAAGGAGGCAAUUGAGCGUUGCGAAGGAAGGAUUCACAGGAGCCAGCCUGGGUCUACUGGCCAAUCAGAGGAGACGACAACUGCUGACAGGCCUACUUAAGUCACUGAGGACCAUCAAGACGCUGCAAAGAACAGAUGUAAGACUCAGCGAGAUGCUUGAGGAGGAAGACUAUCCAGGUGCAAUCCAGCUCUGUCUGGAAUGUCAAAAGGCUGCCAGCACCUUCAAACACUACAGCUGCAUCAGUGAACUGAAUUCCAAACUACAAGACACUCUGGAGCAAAUAGAGGAGCAGCUUGAUGUCGCCCUCUCGAAGACUUGUAAGCACUUUGAUGUUUCGCACUACACCAAGGUCCAGCUGGCCUACACACUCCUGGGCAAGACACAGACUGCUAUGGACCAGCUGCACAUGCACUUCACCCAGGCCAUCCACAACACAGUGUUCCAAGUGGUGCUCGGAUAUGUGGAGCUGUGUGCCGGCAAUGCUGAUACCAAGUUCCAGAAGAUGCAGUACAAGGACCUGUGCACGCAUAUCACCCUGGACAGCUACAUUCCCUGCCUGACAGAUCUAUGCAAGGCAUUGUGGGAGGUGAUGCUGAGCUACCACCGCACCAUGCAGUGGCAUGAGGAGCAUGACAAACAGGAGACCACACCCACUCCAGAUGACGCAGUAGCAGCAGAGUCUGAUGAGUCGGUGGUGGACCGCAGCUAUGUAAAGAAGAAGCUGGAGCAUGGACUGACACGGAUCUGGCAGGAUGUCCAGUUGAAAGUGAAGGCCUACAUCCUGGGGACAGACAUGUCUAACUUCAAAUAUGACGAUUUCAUAGUGGUACUGGAUGUCAUCAGCAGGUUGAUGCAGGUGGGGGAGGAGUUCUGUGGCAGUAAGUCAGAGGUCCUGCAGGAGUCCAUCAAACGCCAGAGUAUCAACUACUUUAAAAACUAUCACAGGGCACGACUGGAAGAGCUGAGGAUGUUUCUGGAAAAUGAGACGUGGGAACUGUGUCCGGUCAAGUCUAACUUUAACAUCGCCCAGCUCCAUGAGUUUAAGUUCAUGGGCCAGUGUCGUUCUCCAUCCGUUUCCCCAAGCAGACAGGCCGUGUCCUCGACCAGCCCGGCUCAGGUGGAGGUGUCUCUGUUCCAGCAGUACCUUCAGGAGGGGAACCCCUUUGAGAUGCAUGCUGAGCACAAAGAAGAGGAGACCGAGGAUGUGUUGGCAUCUAAUGGGUACGAGUCAGAUGAGCUGGAGAAGAGUGUGUAUCAAGAUUACGACAGCGACAGUGAUGUCCCUGAGGAGCUCAAGCAGGACUACGUAGACGAGCAGACGGGCGAUGCCCCCCACAAGAGUGUGUCCAGAGAGACCAUAAGAAGCAAGAAAAAGUCAGACUACAACCUAAAUAAGACCAAUGCACCGAUCCUCACCAACACCACCCUGAAUGUCAUCCGGCUUGUCGGGAAGUAUAUGCAGAUGAUGAACAUUCUGAAGCCGAUCGCCUUCGAUGUCAUCCACUGUGUGUCACAGCUCUUCGACUACUACCUGUACGCUGUAUACACUUUCUUUGGACGCAAUGACAUGCCUGUCCCAAGCCCGUCUUUGCCAACUCAUGGUGGCAGAGAGGCGGGCACUGCCAGGGUGGUGGGCCCUGCUUGCUUGUAUGAGUCAUCGGGUCUGGGCCUUAUCAGCAGCAGGCUGAGAACCACACUGAACCGGAUCCAGGAGAACCUCAUUGACAUGGAGGCGGUGGGGGAGAAUGCAGGAGCCCACGGUCCAGCAGAGGACAGGAAGGAGAAGGUGCCCAGCCCCCAUCUCAGCCAACUGGUGGUCCUCACUAACAGUGGGACUCUUUAUGGACUAGCACAGAGGGUGGUGGCCACCGAGUCUCUUGUGUUUCUGGCCGAACAAUUUGAAUCCCUCCAGUCCCACCUGGACACAAUGAUGCCUGCAGCCAAGAAGCCCUUCCUGCAACAGUUUUAUUCCCAGACGGUGUCUACAGCCAGUGAACUUCGAAAACCAAUAUACUGGAUUGUUGCAGCCAAGGCCAUCGACUAUGAACAAAUGUUGCUCUUGAUGGCCGGAGUUAAAUGGGACAUUAGGGAGAUAAUGUCACAGCAUAAUGUAUAUGUGGACGUCCUGUUAAAGGAGUUUGAGCAAUUUAACAAGCGGCUGGGUGAUGUUUCCAGACAUGUGCGCAUCCCACUGCCUGUGUCCAACGUCCUCUGGGAGCACUGCAUCCGCCUGGCCAACAGGACUCUUGUAGAAGGCUAUGCUAAUGUGAAGAAAUGCAGCAAUGAGGGCCGGGCCCUGAUGCAGCUGGACUUCCAACAGUUCCUCAUGAAGCUGGAGAAGCUGACCGACCUGCGACCCAUUCCUGAUAAGGAGUUUGUUGAGACCUACAUCAAGGCCUAUUACCUGACGGAGAAUGACAUGGAGCAGUUUAUCAAGAAUCACAGGGAGUACUCCAUGAAGCAGCUGGCCAACUUGGUGAACGUUUGUCUGGGCUCACAUAUAAACAAGAAGGCUCGUCAGAAACUUCUGGCGGCCAUCGAUGACAUUGACAGACCCAAGAGAUAGACUGAUGAACAGAGCAGACCCCGAACGUAUCAAUCAGCCACAGAGAUGGACACUCCAACGGACGAACUCCACAGUGGAGCUCAACGUAGAAUGUCUUCGUUUUCAGUUUAGAUCGUACAUGUUGGGGUGUGUUCAACGAGCUGUACAGUACAUACAGAAGUAGAGCAACUAUACACAUCAAUUUAAAGCUCAUACGUUAGCCAAAUGCUAAUUAUCUGUGAAUCUACAGUCCUUAUGUGGUCAAAAACACAAACUGCCACUUGUUGAAUGCAUCUCAUGACGUGCUAAUGGACAUAAAUACUACAAGUUUCACUCUCAAGCAUGCUGCAGUUACUCUAUGCAUACAGUAGAAGUACCAUAAUGCAUGCCCUCUCGUUUUCAUUAAACAAAUAUGCCGCUUAUGAAGUUUCUCUGCAAAUUGUCAACAACCACAACAAUCUCUUCAGUGACUAUAAGGAACAGAUAUGUUUUUCAGGCUACAAAUACAGGAUGUAACAGUGUAAUGUGUGCAUUCCAUCUGUUUUUACCAAUUGUGCUCAAUUUCUGAUACAACUGCUACCUUGAGAGUAAACAAAACAAUGAGUGAACAUUUAUGAGUUGCUAAAGUUGAUAGUUACGUAAUGUUGUUAAGUUUUGUGGUGAAUACAUCCCAAUUACAGAUCCAAGAAGAGUCUGUUGUAGUUAUAAACCUCCACUCCACUGUGUGAUAUAAAGCUUUGUCACAUGAUUGAAUAUGCCCCCUGAUGGAGAUACAGUCGAUCUGGGUUAUUAAUCACUUUAAUCAUUCAUUAUAAGUUAUUCCAGUCCAUGUGUUUGCUGUAUAUUAUUUCACUUCAUGGUAUUUGUUUUGCCUGACUGGAUGCUCUGCUUUGUUUUGUUUGUUUUGUCUAUGGAUUACAUAAAUCUAUUAUAAUGAUAAUUCUGAAAAUAAUAUAAAUUCCUCUAGUUAGUAUAUGUGCACCCGCUGCAUGUGAUUGUUUGUAAUAUCUGAGGAGCAAAUGAUUUCAUUGUCCUGGGGUGAGGUUUUGAAAAUCUUUGUGAAAGUGCUUCUCUUAGAAUUCAGUCUCCAGCCUUCUUGCUGAGAAGUGAAAUGUUGGCUUGUUUUGUAGGUUUGUGCAGUCAGGCACCGAUUAUGUGAUUUCUCAUGAGUUAGUGUGUGUGUCGACUACAAGAGCUCCCCCCAACCCGUCAUCUCCAUUGGUUUACUUUGACCUGUCGAGAGGGCAGAUUGAUUUACUGUUAAAAAUAAAAAAAAUAAAUUAAGUUACAAGUUUUGAUACGGCUUCAUGUUUUGUGUGCAACUAUUCCAAGAAGAAUACUGUAAAUGUGAAUGUUUUGAACAAUGUCUGUAUUUAUUUCUUGCUUUGUGUCUUGUUUGGGUUUUUAUGAUAUAUGAGAUUGCUGGAAGUGUGCUGUCAUUCAUCACAUCUCAGUAUCUUGUAACGUAUCAACUGAAGCUAAUACAAAUAUAUAAACAUUGUCAAGGGUCAAGUGCACUAUAGUGAAAAUCAGUAAUCAGUGUUGGAACUGUGGGAUGAACCAAAAUGAUACAUAAUAAACACACUAACAUUAGA